AUGCCUGAGGUGGAGUGGAGCGAAGAUCUAAAAGGCACAAUAGGCACAUUACACUCAUUGCCGACUACCAAAAAAAGGUAUGAAGUCUCACCUAUUUUUAUUCCCAAACCUCACCAGAGUGUAUUGCCAUCUGUGGUGCAGGCACCUGUAUUAGAGUUGAAGCCCCUACCAGAGCACUUGAAGUAUGUGUAUCUGGGCGACAACGAGACACUCCCGGUGAUUAUCUCAUCGGCACUAUCAGAAACUCAGAAGGAAAAGCUGAUUCGGGUCCUUAGAGAGCAUAAAGAGGCGAUAGGGUGGACCAUUGCCGACAUUAAGGGAAUCAGUCCCUCCAUCUGGUAUUUCCAGAUAGCGAUUGCACCAGAGGAUCAGGAGAAGACAACUUUCACGUGCCCAUUCGGGACCUUUGCUUAUAGACGGAUGCUUUUCGAUAACCUGAAAUUGAUCAUGAUAAGGUGUAUAGAGACUAAUCUUGUGCUUAACUGGGAAAAAUGUCAUUUUAUGGUUGACCACGGGAUAGUCUUAGGUCAUGUUGUGUCGUCUAAGGGUAUUGAAGUUGGCAGGGCGAAAAUAGAUAUUAUAUCUGCUUUGCCUUACCCCGCGAGUGUGCGGGAAGUGCGCUCUUUUCUUGGACAUGCAGGAUUUUACAGAAGGUUUAUCAAGGACUUCUCGAAGGUUGGAGCCCCGUUGUUCCAGCUUUUACAAAAAGAUGUGGUCUUCAACUUUUAUGACGAGUGUGAGAGAGCCUUCGACAAGUUGAAGGAGUUAUUGACCUCAGCCCCAAUCAUCCAACCCCCUGACUGGAGUUUACCAUUUGAGAGCACGUGCGAUGCCAGUGAUCAUGCUGUAGGGGCUGUGUUGGGGCAAAGAGUGGGAAAGGCAGCUCAUGUCAUCUACUAUGCGUCCCGAACCUUGAAUGGAGGUCAAUUGAAUUAUUCCACCACUGAGAAGGAGCUUCUUGCGAUUAUUUUUGCUAUAGAAAAAUUUAUGUCAUAUUUGUUAGGUGCUAAAGUUAUUGUGUUUUCUGAUCAUGCAGCGUUAAGGUACCUAAUGACCAAGAAAGAUGCAAAGCCGAGGCUCAUAAGGUGGAUAUUGCUCCUACAGGAAUUUGACCUAGAGAUAAGGAAUAAGAGAGGCUCGGAGAACUUGGUAGCCGACCACUUGAGCCGCAUACCAGUGGGGGAGAAGAAAGAGCCAUUGAGGGAUACUUUCCCUGAGGAGCACCUGUUUUCUUUAAAUUCUCAAUUGCCUUGGUAUGCCGAUUUAGUCAAUUAUUUAGUAACGGAAAAUUUUCCUGCAGGUUGCCCAAAAUCGAAGAGGGAUAAAUUGAAGAGCGAUGCCAAGUACUACAUCUGGGAUGACCCGUACCUGUGGAAGAGGGUCUCGACGUCAUACCACCAGCAGACUAAUGGUCAAGCGGAGGUAUCGAAUCGGGAGAUUAAGUCCAUUUUGGAGAAAAUGGUGCGCCCCAAUAGGAAAGAUUGGAGUCAACGGUUAGAAGAUGCACUCUGGGCCUAUCGGAAGGCAUACAAGACUCCUAUUGGCGUGUCACCUUACAGGUUGGUAUUUGGGAAGCCGUGUCACCUUCCAGUGGAGUUCGAGCACAAGGCUUUUUGGGCAAUAAAACAGUGUAACAUGAAUUUAGAAGAUGCCGGUGCUCAACGGAAGUUGGAUCUGCAAGAAUUAGAGGAGAUUCGGAAUGAAGCGUAUGAGAAUGCAUUAAUUUACAAGGAAAGAAGCCGGGCUUUUCAUGAUCAACAAAUUUCUAGGAAAACCUUUGAACUUGGUCAAAAGGUUCUCCUAUACCAGUCCAGGCUCAAAUUAUUUCCAGGUAAACUACGCUCCCGUUGGAUUGGCCCUUUCGUUGUGACUCACGUUUUUCCUUAUGGUGCAGUAAAAAUUCAGAGUACUAAGACAGAUAAGCAUUUUGUGGUGAAUGGACAUCGCCUCAAACACUAUUAUGAGGGCUUUGUAGAUGGAGAGGUGGAGGUGAUACGUUUGGAUGAGCCACAGUGUUCCAAAUAG